UCUUCAGGAAGAGGGAGGCUGUCUUUUACCAUCACACAUAUGACAGCCUCUGACUCAGGAAUGUACCGGUUUGGUUUGGGCAACUCUUCUGCUCCAGAUUCAUACUCUAACUUUAACGUCAGAGUUUCAAAUGACUUUCAUAAAAACUCCAAAUUCAUCCGUGCAGAAACUGAAGGAGAACAAAUACAAUUUGGAUGUGCCAAUGCCAAACAUGGAACGAGGAAGUUCCUUUGUAAGAAUCCAUGUAACAAUGAAGGGAACGUUCUCAUUGACACAACCAAUGAGAAAGCUGAGAAUGGCAGAUACAGAAUUGAAUACAGAGCAGGAUCUGCAUUUGGACUGUACGCAGCUAUCACACAGCUGACCGAGGCUGAUACUGGACAAUACAGAUGUGGUUAUGGCAACCCUCUGACUCCAGAUUCAUACCACACUGAAGAUAUUGUUGUCAUAGGUGAUUCAAACCCAGCAGCCUCCACACCACCAACAACACAGACUCAAAGUUUCACUUCCGGAAGCUCCAAACGUUCUUCAGAUUGUCCUGACUCCUCGUUGUUUCUGGCUGUGCGUCUGUCCUUGGUUGGUGUUUUGCUGUUGUCUGUUUUUCUGCUGCUCAUGUACAUUUGUAAGAUCAGGAGGAACGCUGGACUGAACACCAGAGAAAAUCCAGACGACACAAACAUGGAGGUCCGGGAACCUUCCCCAGGCUGCUGGACCUGUGGGGAGGUGGUGGAGGGCUGA